AUGCUGUCUUCCUUGUCUCGCUCCGUGUUCUCUGCUGCCGCCAGGGUGCUGGUCGCUCGGCCGCUGCCAUUGCUGAGCAGUCGGGGCUCUGCUGUGUCGGUGUGCCGCUCUCUCUGGAUACAUGGCGGAGCCGGCAGAGCACUCAGGCCCACCUUCCUGAACGCACACAGAGGCUUCCCGGCGGUGUCGUGUGGCUGCGGCGGAUUACAUACUGAUGGAGACAAGGCCUUUGCAGAAUUUCUGAGUGAUGAAAUCAAGGAAGAGAAAAAAAUCCAAAAACACAAGGGCCUCCCAAAAAUGUCUGGUGGGUGGGAUAUCGAUGUCAACGGAACAGAAGCUAAGCUAACCCGCAAAGUUUCUGGAGAGAAGAUUACUGUGACAUUUAAUACAAACAACAGCAUUCCUCCAACGCUCGAUGAAGAGACUCAAGAAGGUCAGAAGGGUGAAGAGGAAGAACCUGAACUAGUAUCCACACCUAACUUUGUUGUAGAAGUUACAAAACUUGAUAGCAACCAGACACUGGUUCUUGACUGCCAUUAUCCCGAAGAUGAGGUUGGACAUGGUGAAGAGGAAGAGAGUGACGUUUUCAAUAUUCGAGAAGUUAGCUUCCAGCCCACUGGAGAGACUGACUGGAAAGAGAGCAGCUACACUCUUGGCACAGAUUCCCUUGACUGGGCCCUUUAUGACCACUUGAUGGAUUUUCUGGCAGACCGUGGAAUUGAUAACGCCUUUGCUGAUGAGCUUGUGGAACUCAGCACUGCUUUAGAACAUCAAGAAUACAUUCAUUUCCUUGAGAAUCUGAAAAAGUUUGUUAAAUGCUAA